AUGGCCAAUGUCAAGACUGAGGUAAGCAUUCCGUUUCGGCAAGGGCAGCGGAACUUGGCAAGGCUGCUUGCUGCACAACAACAACAACAUCAUCUGGAAAAGAGCAUGCACGGAGAUGGAUACACAACUGGCUGUCUUCCGGGCCUGUGGCUUCAAUGGCUGGCUGCUGCCACCAACGACCACUGCCGUGCAGACCAGGCCGGUCAUGACAGCCAACCCACUUACCAUCUUGGAGCCCCAAACCUCGGUCUCAGCGUCAAGAUGUUGACUGGUGACGCCAUUGCCAGCAAGCUUCUCGUUCUCGGUACCAAGGUGUCCGAUUCUCGGCGCCUCUGA